AAGUGGUGUGUGAGGUAUGCAUAAUGCAUCAUUAAUAAUAGAGACAGACCCGGCAUCGGUGGCACACAAUACGUGAGUUCUGGUCCCUCUUCUUCUAGUAAACCUCAUCCAUCAUCAUCCAUAUAAACUCACACUCCUACCACCACCUCUAUCACAAUCUCUCUGUUCAUCACCAAGAACAAAACAAAAAAGAAGAAGGAAGAAAUAUGGCUGGAGGAUCAUACGAGGAAGCCAUUGCAGCGUUGACGAAGCUUCUCAGCAAGAAAGCCGACCUGGGUGGUGUCGCCGCCGCAAAGAUAAAACAGCUGACGGCGGAGCUGGAUACCGCCACCGCAAACGGGUCGACGCCGUUUAACCCGGACGAGAGGAUCCGAACCGGGUUCGCCCACUUCAAGAACGAGAAAUACCAGAAGAACCCGGAAUUAUAUGGCGAACUUGCCAAAGGCCAGAAUCCAAAGUUUAUGGUUUUUGCUUGCUCAGACUCUCGAGUUUGCCCAUCCCACAUUCUGGAUUUCAAUCCGGGUGAAGCCUUUGUGGUCCGAAAUAUCGCCAACAUGGUUCCACCAUAUGACAAGACCAAGUAUUCAGGAACCGGGGCGGCCAUUGAAUAUGCAGUCUUACAUUUAAAGGUGGAGAAUAUUGUGGUCAUUGGGCACAGCUGCUGUGGAGGUAUAAAGGGCCUAAUGUCUAUCCCAGAUGAUGGGACCACUGCAAGUGAAUUCAUAGAGCACUGGGUCCAAAUUUGCACUCCAGCAAAGUCCAAGGUUAAAACAGAAGCAAACACAUUAGAAUUCUCUGAGCAAUGUACCAGCUGCGAGAAGGAAGCUGUGAAUGUAUCACUUGGGAACCUAUUGACAUAUCGAUUUGUGAGAGAUGCAGUUGUGAAGAAAACUCUUGCCUUGAAAGGUGCACAUUACAAUUUCGUUAAGGGCACAUUUGAGCUGUGGGAUCUGGACUUGAAAAUCUCUAACUCUGUAUCCGUUUAAGAAAGUGUUCUUAACCCUGCGCUGGUGUGCGUGAUGAUGUACAUGACCUAGCUUCCCUUUGCAAGUGUGUCACAAUUGUAUAAGACCCCCCCUUCCCCUAGUUGUUUCCCUUAAAUCCCAAGAAAAAUAAACGAACACUAAGCUAAAAUAAUGGUCUUAGUCUUGUACCAACUCAAUGAGUUAUGUUUUUGUAUCGUUUUCUGUUACAUAGUGGUUUUCUUUCGGCAAACUUUAAUAGUACUGAUCUAGUCAUCGAACUUGAGCAAUGCAUUUAGUACGAGAUGUUUUAAAUCGUUUUUCCUAAAUGCUCCUAAAAUUUCUUGGAGCUGGAAUGCACUGUGAAUAAAUUUAUUAAUAUAUGACUUAAAU